AGAUGUGUCCACUAUAUGGGCUUGUGUUGCCGAGUUCAUUGAACAUCAAAUGUCUCAACAAAAGGGGGUGAAGAUACCUGGACUGGGAACUUUUACUCUAUCAAGACACAAAUUAGAGGUUGGCAACAACAAGUUCAUCCUGGUUCAACGCCCAGUUUUUCUUCUGUCUGAGAAAUUUGUGCAGAUUCAUGGACUGAAGUACAAUAAAGUGUUCACAACCAGUGAAAUCCCGGUCGUUCCUCUGAACUUCAUCGCCAUGUCUUUCUCUUGCUCCUACAACAGAGACACUAUAGAGGGGUGUGUCAGGGAGACACUCGGUAUUUUCUCUCGCUCUCUCGCUACCAAGCAAAAUGUUGAGUUCAGCUUUAAAGGCAUUGGUUCCCUUAUCAUCCGCAACCAGAAAGUCAAGAUGAAAUUUUACAAAGACUUUGUAAAUAGCAUGGAUGGAACUGGCUCUCUGGUG